AUGGUAAUACAGGUCUCAAGAGUCUCUCAAGAUAGUGUUACUCUUCUCUUGGCCUUCUUUCAUUAUUAUAUGUUCCCUUUCUAUCUCUUUCUGAUUCUCUUCUCCCUCUCUAUCUUCCAAAAUCUCUUUCUUUGUCUUCUUUCCUCUUCUACCUCUCUCUCUCUCUCUCUCUUCCUGUCUCUUCUUUCUUUCUUUUCUCUGCUCUUCUUCCUUCUCUCCCUUCCCACCUCUUCAUCUCUCUCUCUUCACUGCUCUUUUUCAUUCUCUCCCUUCUCUGCUCUUUCCCCUCUCCCCCUUCCCUUCUCUUUUCUCCACUUUUCCUGUCCUUCUCUUUUCUCCUUUUUCCUUCCUGUUCUCUUUCCCCUCUCUUCCUUCCUGUUCUCUUUCACCUCUCUUCCUUCCUGUUCUCUUUCACCUCUCUUCCUUCCUGUUCUCUUUCUCCUCUCUUCCUUCCCUGCUAUUUUCCCUUCUCUUCCUUCCUUUCUCUUUUCCCCUCUCUUCCUUCCUUUCUCUUUUCCCCUCUCUUCCUUCACUGCUAUUUUCAUCUCUCUUCCUUCCCUGCUAUUUUCCCCAUCACUUCCUUUCCAGCACCCCCACCAUUCUAACCAGCCCCCCCCCCCCGCCUCUUGA